AUGGAUCGGAAUCCAAUCCGACCACCUCUACCUCCAAGGAACGAUUUUGAGAUCAAACCGCAGAUCAUUGCCUUGGUGAAGCAAAACCAAUUCCAUGGUUUGCCCACUGAGCAUCCUCUUGAUCACGUCGACACCUUUGAGGAGAUAUGUAGCACAACUCGUGUUAAUGGAGUAUCGCCGGAUUACUUCAAGUGCAAGCUAUUCACUUUUUCUCUAAGUGACAAGGCGCUAAGAUGGGUAAAAUCUUUACCACCUCAGUCCAUUACAACAUGGAAUGAAUACAAGGGAGCUUUCUUGAACCAAUUCUACACUAAGCAAAGAUCCAACUCUAUAAGGAGCAAGAUUUCUGGUUUUAAGCAAGAUUCAAUGGAGUCAUUCUAUGAAGCUUUGGAGAGAUUCAAGGAGUAUACAAGGAGCUGCCCUGUGAUACCCCAUAUCAAGACCUAA